UCAAUGAACACAGAGUUUAUAGGAGUGAUGACAACGCGAGGUAAUAAAGUUUAGUGUGUCAUCGAAAAAUUCGUUGUAUUGUUUAUGAAAACGGGAUCAAAUGGAUACCACAGAAGAAAAAAGGGUCAGAGAUCUAUUAAAGGACAUUCAGUUAGAACAGUAUUAUCGACAGAUCCAUGGAAAACUACAUGUUACUCGUCUGUCGCACUUUGAUCACGUAACGGAAGAAGAUUUAGACGAUCUCGGAAUGGCAAAACCUGAACAGAGACGUUUGUUUGAAGCACUUAAGAAAGCAAAGAAGAAAUCGCUUUUUAGCAGCUUCAGAAGAAAGAAAUCGAAGAAAUCAGAGAGUCCAGUAGAAUCUACACCAGAGCGCUCAAGUUGCUAUGGAGUUGCAGGUGACUCCUUGACAUGUGUCAUCACUGAGCAGUCUGUUUCUCUUUAUGAAAUGCUUGGAAAUGGUGCCUUUGGGUAUGUGAGGAGAGGAACAUGGAUGAAGAACUCCCACAAGAAGGUUGAUGUUGCUGUGAAGUGUUUGAAGGCAUGGAAUGACAAGGCUUUCCAACAGAUGCAGAUGGAAUUCAUUAAGGAAGCUAAUGCCAUGAGUCUACUGGAUCAUCCCCACAUAAUCAGACUCCACGGAGUUGUUCUUUCUGCACCAAUGAUGUUGGUCACAGAGCUGGCUCCACUUGGCUGUUUAUUAGCACGGCUCAGGGAUGAACCUCAUAAUUUUACCAUCAGUGGCUUGAGUGAUUUUGUGGUCCAGAUAGCUUCAGGAAUGGCUUAUCUUGAGUCUCACAGAUUUGUUCAUCGUGAUCUGGCAGCGCGCAAUCUUUUGCUACAGUCAUAUGAGAAAGUGAAGAUUGGAGAUUUUGGAAUGAUGCGAGUCCUCUCUGAUGAUGAUGACCACUACACAAUGCAUCCCAGUGGCAAAAUUCCAUUUGCAUGGUGUCCACAAGAAGUUCUUAAAUUCCGCAAGUUUUCCCAUGCCUCUGAUGUUUGGGCCUUUGGUAUCACUGUGUUAGAAUUGUUCUCCUAUGGAGAAGAACCUUGGCCAGGACUUAAUGGAGCUGAGAUAUUGGACAAAGUGGACCUGCCAUCAUGUGAGAGGCCCAAGAGGCCUGAACACUGCCCUCCGGAAAUCUACAAUAUUUUGGUGUCACUCUGCUGGUCGCAUGAGCCUCACCAGCGGGCAAGGUUUAGCAUGCUUAAAAAACUGGUAGACGAGGCACAUCCCAUGAAUGUCGCUGCAGUGUUACCCUAUGAGAGCAAGAGCCAACAAAAUCUGAGCUUUCAGGAAGGUGACAUUAUCACACUUCUUGAAGCCAGUCCCGAUGUUUCUUGGUGGAAAGGACAAAAUAUGAGUACAAGAAAAGUCGGGAUGUUUCCGUCAGAAUUUGUAGAAAGUGGAAUGCGGCGAGCCGUUUCACCAGUGAACACUCGGACGUCUCUAAAACCGAAAAGUAAUAUUACGAAGCGAAGCAAACAGUGUAAUCAGCUACCAAACUGUGACUGCGGAAGUGAGCACAUCUACGAGACUCCUAUCUUCUUAUAUUCACCAAACUCUUUGAAGAACGGCAGCAGUGUAAGCACUACUUUUUCUGGCCAGUCUGUUGAAAGCGACUUGGCCUCCUCCACAGACGUUGAUAGCGGAUAUUCUUCCAGCGUGGACGUUAGACGAUUCCGCCAUUUGUAUGACGAGAACAGCUCAGGAAAACAAAAAGCAAGGGUGGAGAAUUUUUAUGAAAACGCGAGCAUCAGAAAGCAGGAUACCAAGGAUACCACGUAUGAAUUGAUGUACCCUGCGAGUGGACCGGUAUCCAGUCCUAUUCCCAUUCCAAGACAAAGCACAGGGGAAUUAAGAUUUGUCAGGAUACAAAAUGACACAUCUUCGACUCCUCCAUCACGCACUGGCCAGAAAUGCCCCCUAGACUUAAACUUCUCCAGCCCCCGAUUGUCUGCCGGUGAAACGGAAGCUCCUUCUCUUGUCACUCAAAAUACUUCAACUUCACUCCCACCCAGCUCAGCUACAGAAUUACAUGAAAAUUCUCCAAGGCUCUCCAGGACGGUCUCACCACGACCAAGUAAGAAAUCUCAGUGGGAUUCUGGGGAAGGGGAAACACUUGCCCAGGAUUUGCUGACAUUCUCGAAAGGAGCUGGAGGAGAUAAGUCAUCGGUUCGUCCUAACUCCAAGAAAGCUGAAGAGGAGGACAUUUACGAAGAAUUAUCUGGGCCGUUUACAUCUGUUCCAUCAAAUCCCAAAGGCUCUAUUGUGACAAAUACUUCCUCCAGUGUACCGUUGACAGCGCACAAGAAACAUUCAUACGAAAACUAUGCUUUACCCUUGAAACAACAAUUAAGUUCUACAAAAGACCAUGCCAAAGAUCAGAGCAUUAACGAAGCUGAUAGAAGCAGGUGCAACUCAGCUAAUCAAGUGCUAGACGAGCAAGAGCUUAGAGAUAGCCGAUGCAAUACUUGGCCCUCACAACAAAACUAUGUCAAUCACAAACUGAAGGAAGCUGGUUUGAUGCCAUCAGAUGAAGGUUUCUAUGACAACCACAAGCUUAGAACCACCUCAGACGCGUUUCAGCCAACUUCUGACGCCUGCUACGAUAAUUGGAAGAUCAGUAACAAGGAAAGUGAGUCGGUGGGAGAGUUUCUGAGGGAAGAACAGACGCCCUGUUAUGAGAACGUUGAGCUACAAACUGUUAAACAUAAGGUCAAUAAUGGAAAUCUCUCCCAAAAAUCUGGAACUAGUUUGGGCUCCCAUGAAGAAACACUUUCAAAUCAAAACAAAACUAGGGAAGAAAGAUGCAAUAAUUCCUCGUUCACCUCACAUCAAAAGACCUGCAUGUACGAAUGCAUGAUUCCUAAAUAUUUACAAAAUGGAGACCUCACGCAAGAAUAUAAAAAGCAAGGAAAUACUGACAGUAUAUACGAGAACUGUGAAACUGUUGACUACAGGAAAGACAACCCCGAAGAGGUGGUUGGGGGCAUGGUAAUCCCAAGAUCAAUUAGACAAAAUGACAGCAACUCACGAAAACUUUGUCGUUCCUUGCCCACAAAUUGUCACUGCGUGGGGGUCGCUCCCGGCGAUCCUUAUGGUUUAUUAAAUAUGAUCCUGGAAAAACGCAGCCAGCCAUUGCUGACCAGGGUAGGAAGUGCUGAUGCUAUUCGUGUUAAUGCCUGGAAGGACGAUCCUCUCACUGCCGGAGGACCAAGGGAAAGCGGAGACCAUUUGGACCUCCAAGGUCAUCCUGUUCCACCUCCGCGCUGGAAGCGAUUAGCUCGUAUGAAGAGGCCUCUCUCAUUUACGUGUUGCUCCCAUAACCAGUGGGAAAUAACCAUCAGUCCUGAGCUUGCAUCUGUGCUGAGCAAAAGACUGAAUGGAUCUGCUUUGGGCUCGUCUGCAUGGUUGAAAGCAGGUGCAAGCUCAUUAAAUGGCCACCAUUCGGAAGCAGUAGAAAUGGGCAAACCAUGUUUGCCUCCACCGUCUGACCAAAGAGAUAAAAUAACCACGAAGGCUCGCAAUUCCUCAAGUAACGCAUACGAAAAUGUUCGGUUACCGUGUGAGACUCCUGUGCAGAAAAAUACCCCUCCCGAGCUUCCACCAAAGCUACAAUGGUCAAAUGAGAAAGUUUCCUUCCAGAGAACCACACAAAGAGCGAGAGCAUUGCACUAUGAAAAUGUCAAUGUGGUAAAUGACUUUCAUGCAGUCUCGCAAAUAGCAUAUGAUUCCUCUCCUCCACCACUUCCAAGGAAACUAUCUAAGGCAAAACCAACACCUAUUAUACCACGCCGAGUGGAUCUAGAACAGCAGGGUUAAGAAAUGUGUGCUAGACCCACAUUGAACUGUUUAUUGAAGGAAGGGGUACUGUCCUACUGUCCUACCCGAAAGCCUCAACGAUGAUCUGCCACACUGGAAUGAUCUGAAACAACAGUUUUAACAAAUUGCCAUGAAAAUUCAUCUGAAGCUCCUAUCGGAGGAAAUGAGUUUCGUCUCACUUGAAAACCUCAACGAUGAACCUCCACGCCGCGUUAACUGGAACAGCUUAUGUCAGCCCUUUCACCCCUAGGAGUGACUAGCAUCUAAUUUCUCCUUAUCAUAUCACCCCUGAUUCAAACAUUAAGGUCACAAGAAUACAAGAAAUGAUCACCAACUUGAGAAGCUUUUGAUUGCUAAACAUAUUCUCUAUUUCAGUACCUUUGGAAAUGUAUAAAGAACAGUACAGAGAAUAUACAUACUGAUGAUAGGGUGGAGAGGGUUAAUAAGUAUACAUCGUUUGGCCACCAUAGCCUUUUGUCUGAAUAAAUGAAAUUAUUUUUAAUGCUCUUAGGGCAUGUACAUUA